AUGAGGCCUCAGAAUCCUCCCCCGGGCUGGCGCCCCUCUCCACCCGGCGCCGCUCCCCCGUACGGCCCGCCUCCGGGAACCGCUCCGCCAGCACGACCGGCUUUCCCCCCGGGCCAGCACCCCCCGCAGCAACAAGGAUUUCCGCGCGGACCCCCUGGUCCAGGGCAGGUUCCGCCUGGUGCGCCGGGAUCUGCGCAGCCGCCUGGCGCAAGGCCCGCCGGACCUCCGUUCCCCGGGGGACCGUUCGCCGGCCCUCCGCCGGGUUCACGGCCCGCAGGUCCGCCUCCCCCGGGGGUUGCGCCGCCCGGCGCGCGGGGCCCGCCAGCUGGAUUUGCGGGUCCGCCUGCGGGUUUCCAAGGGCCUCCCGCGGGUGGCCCGCCAGGAGGAGCAGCCCGUCCGCCUGGCCCCUUCGCGGGCCCCCCGGGGGGUGGACCACGCCCUGGCGGUCCUCCGCCGGGUUCCGCUCCGCCAGGCGCCGCUCCCCCUGGCGCGCCCCGCCCCAGCGGUCCCCCUUCCGGAUACCCCGGUGCGCCGCAGCAGUACCCUGGCUACCCCCCGCAGCAGCAGGCCCCCCCGCCGCCGGCGCAAUCCCGCACUCCGCCUACCGGACCCACGCCGUAUGGUCCGCCAUCGUACGGCGCUCCGCCGCAGCCGGCGCAGCCAGGCGCGCCCCUUAACGCGCCCGGAGGCCCUCCCCCGCCCUUCGGAGCGCCUCACCCUCCGCCUGGCGCUGCGCCGCCGUCAUGGGGGGGAGCCGCCACGCAAUCCGCUCCGCCAACCCAGCAGAUGAGCGCGCUAGCUAUGGGCAGCCCUCCGCCUACCAUCCCGGGGCAAUACGGUGGUCCGCCCGGGUCCACCCCAGGGCAAUACGCGCAGCAUACUCCGCCUCCGCCCGGAUCCGCGCCGGGGCAGUACGGGCAGCACGCGCCGCCUCCGCCGUUCUCCGCCGCUCCCCCGACAGGCCCUCCGCCUGGCGGAGCCAUGAUGCCCGGCGCGGGACCUCCGCCGCCCUUCGGCGCUCCCCCGACUGCUGGCGCGGCGCAGCGGCGCGCGUAUCCCAUGCCCGCGGGAACGCCUCCGGGCGUGGGCGCGCCCCCCCAGUCCCCAGGCAUGGGCGGACAUGCGCCCCCCUCCCCCGGGAUGGGCGCGCGGCAGCCCAUGGCGCCCUUCACAGGCCAGGCGGCGGGGCAGCAGGGGUCGGCGCCCGGGUCUCGGAUCGACCCCAACCAGAUCCCGCGCCCUCCGCCCCCCGCGGACGCGUUUCUGUUCGAGACACGAGUGAACGGCACGGCUAACCUACCACCGGCCGCCACGUCAUCGUUUGUGGUCCGCGACACGGGUAACUGCAGCCCCCGGUUUAUCCGAGCGUCGCUGAACCAGAUACCCCUUUCCGCGGAUCUUCUCAACACCUCAGCCAUGCCUCUCAGCAUCAUGAUCCAGCCGUUCGCCCUGCAGGACCCGGCUGACACGCCCGUGCAUGUGGUGGACUUUGGAGAGAUGGGGCCCGUCAGGUGCCACCGCUGCAAGGCAUACAUCAAUCCCUUCAUGCGAUUCGUGGACCACGGGAGGAAGUUCAUCUGCAAUCUGUGUGGCGUCUCCAACGAGACUCCCCGUGAGUACGUGUGCAACCUCGGCCCGGAUGGCAGGCGACGAGACGCGGACGAGAGGCCAGAAUUGAUGCACGGGAGCGUGGAGUUUGUGGCUCCCAAGGAGUACUCGAUCCGCGAUGCCAUGCCGCCAGUCUACUUCUUCCUGCUCGAUGUUUCUUUCAACGCUGUGGCGUCCGGGGCUGCCUCGGCUGCGUGCUCCUCCAUCUCUCGCAUUCUGCAGGACCUGCCUGAGGGCGGUCGCACGCUCGUUGCCUUUGCCACCUUCAACUCCACCAUCCAAUUCUACAGCCUCAACAGCUCUCUGGCGCAGCCGUCCAUGCUGGUGGUGCCUGAAGUGGAAGACGUGUACACUCCGCUGCCCUCUGACCUCAUCGUUCCGCUUGACGAGGCGCGGGAGAGGCUGCAGCAGCUGCUGGAGUCGAUCCCCCAGAUGUUUGCUGAGACACGCGUGGCUGACUCAUGCCUGGGCGCAGCGCUGCAGGGUGCUUUCCUAGCCAUGAAGAAAACAGGAGGCCGGAUCCUAGCCUUCCAGUCAGUUCUUCCUUCUGUUGGCAUCGGAUCACUUUCCUCUCGAGAAGCAGAGGGACGAGCAAACGCCACCGUUGCAGAUAAAGACGUGCUGAAGCUGCUGCAGCCAAAUGACAAGCAGCUGAGGCCGAUGGCGGAAGAAAUGGCAGAUUUCCAAGUGGCGGUUGAUGUGUUUCUGACCACCCAGGGGUUUGCCGAUGCAGCUUCGAUUGCUGUCAUUCCCAGGAUCACAGGCGGACAGUGGGUUGCAGUGGGGAUGGGGCAGCCGAACGACAAGCAGCUGAGGCCGAUGGCAGAGGAAAUGGUGGAUUUCCAAGUGGCGGUUGAUGUGUUCUUGACCACGCAGGGGUUCGCCGAUGCAGCUUCCAUCGCUGUCAUUCCCAGGAUCACCGGCGGACAGCUCUACAGCUACUACCCCUUCAGUGCCGCUCACGACGGGGGUAAACUGCAUAAUGACCUGCGCUGGGCUGUGAGACGGCCGCACACGUUCGAAGGGGUUAUGAAAGUGCGGUGCAGCCAGGGCCUGUCUGUGUCCGAUUACUUUGGCAACUUUCACCGCCGCAUCCCUGCCGAAAUAUAUCUGCCAGCGAUGGACAGUGACAAGGCCAUCAUGGCAACCGUCAAGCACGAUGAGAAACUCGCAGAGAACAGCGAAGCCUGCUUUCAGUGCGCCAUUCUCUACACGACAACCACCGGGGAGAGGCGUGUGCGAGUGCACACCCUCUCACUGCCCACCACGGCCUCUCUGGCCUCUGUGUUCCGCGGGGCCGAUCUGGACGCGCAAUUCGCGUACAUGCUCAAGACAGCUGCGGCGGACGUGGUAACCCACCCGGUGCAGCCAGUGCGAGACGCAGCAGUGCAGACAGCAGUGAGCAUUCUCUACACCUACCGCAAGUUCUGCGCUACUGCCUCCUCCUCCGGGCAGCUCAUCUUGCCAGAGGCACUCAAGCUGCUACCAUUGUACACCUUGGCCCUCCUCAAGUCGCAGGGCCUCAGAGGAGACGUGAAGGUAGACGAGCGCUCCGCCUGGCUGGCGAGAGUGCGGCCCCUCGCUGCCUCGCUCUGUGUGCCCUUGGUCUACCCGCGCCUCUUCGCCCUGCACCACCUUCUCAAGGAUGCUGCCAACCAGGAGCAGCAGAAGCAGCAGAACGGGACAGAGGAGGGGCAGCAGCAUGAGCACCUGCCGUCCGCGCUCCCCCUCUCCAGUGAAAAGCUCGAGCCGGAUGGAGUGUUUCUGGUGGAGAACGGGGAGGAGGCGGUGGUGUGGGUGGGCAGGGAGGCGGACAGCCAUCUGCUGUUUGACCUCUUUGGCCUGCGAUCCGUCGAUGAGAUUGCCCCCGGCCCGUUUGACAACCCUGCAUCGCUCAAGCUGAACGUCCUUCUGAACUGGAUCGCCCCUUCCCCUUCCAUCUCCUCUCUCGCCUUCUCCUACUACCCCCCCCUUCCACCUCUCUCCUAUGCCCCUAAUCUCCCCCCUUCCACCUCCUCUCUCCUCUUCUCCUAG